CAAUUGGGUUUCAAACUCACCCGAGAUCCUGCUUCGGUUAUAUAUAUAUUCUUUUUAGUCUCUGCAAUCUCCUAGGAAGCUGGUCAAGAGUUAAGUCGAGUUCUCUUAUUUUUGAUGAUUUUAUUCAACAUAUUGGGUUGCAACCUUCACCAACUGCAAUCUCACUCGACUUUCGCUUUUCUCGUUUCCCUCUUGUAGUGAGGAGUAAUUUUUGUUCUUGUUGUUCCCUAAAACUUGAGCGCCUGUUGCACAUCUUGAGCACCAGAUCAGUUCCAACCCGAACUCCAUCCAUAACAAGACCUUGAGAAAAAGAAAACCCCCCAAAAAGCUCGGCGCUGCAACAAGCAAACUCUGUUUCGUACAUCUCCAAUGGCUUCCCCUCUCAGGCGUGGGAGAUCAAGAAGAGAAAAUAAUGGGCCAGAGCCUAUAAAUCCUCAGCAAGCCAUUCUGGCUGUGGCUCCACUCAAUAGCGUGCCAUACAUUGGUCCACCUACACCGCAUAGCUAUACUGCAUCAUCAGCAACUAAAAGGUACACUGAGACUCUGGAAAAAGUUGGGCCAGCUAUGAUAUUUCUGCCUUCUCUUUCAUCUCAGGAAGAGUGGAAUAAUGUUGUAGCUGCCACCAGAGUUGGGGUUGCAUUGACUGGGAGUGCAGCCAUGGGAAAGAUUGGACCAGUUAUAGGACUAAUGGACAUCGGCGAAUCCAAAGAUUCUUACUUUUUUCGUGUCUCCCUGCCAGGGGUAGCAAGGGAUGAGAAUGGUUUCCGUUGUGAUGUUGAACCCGAUGGAAAAGUAGUAAUAAAGGGUGUAACGACGACUGGUGAGAAAAUAGUGUGCAAAAACUCCCAAGUCUUUCAGAUGCACACACAAAAUCUGUGCCCACCGGGGCACUUCUCUAUCUCAUUCCAGCUGCCUGGUCCAGUCGACCAGCAACAAUUUUCUGGUUCUUUUGGAAUUGAUGGGAUUUUGGAAGGUAUUGUGAGGAAAAGGUGACUAACAAGUCUUACAUUUUUGGUGAGCAUGGAGUGAUUUAAUUUUAGUUGAGAGCUUAACAAGGACAGGAAUAGCUUUAGAAAGAAUGUGGUUCAAAGUGUUGAUUGCCUGCGACUUUGCAGAUAUAUGUUCUUAGAUUGAAAUGAAUGACAAAAUGCAAUUUGUGCAGCUGGCCCCAAAUAAAUUGUUUAGUUAAGUCAAGCCUAUGCUAUUUCUGCUAACUUUUUUAUUUUGAAAGUGUUGCUACGUUAGACCCAUUAAACAGGUUCAAUUCUAAAAUCAAGGAAUGGUGUAGGUUCACAAUUUUU